GAAGGGCGUCGGCGGCGCCGACCUGAGAGAAGGGUAAGACGGUGGCCGAAAGGGCACGGAGAGGCGGACGGUGGCCGACGAGGUCGGGAAUGGAGCACUUGGAGCGCUGCGCGUGGUUCCUCCGGGGGACGCUGGUGCGGGCGGCCGUGCGGCGCUACCUGCCCUGGGCGCUGGUGGCCUCCAUGCUGGCGGGCUCCCUCCUCAAGGAGCUGUCCCCGCUGCCCGAGAGCUACCUCAGCAACAAGCGCAACGUCCUCAACGUGUAUUUUGUCAAAGUGGCCUGGGCUUGGACGUUCUGUCUCCUCCUGCCUUUCAUUGCUGUUACCAAUUACCACCUGACGGGCAAGGCUGGCCUGGUCCUGAGGCGGCUGAGCACCCUGCUGGUGGGCACGGCCAUCUGGUAUACCUGUACCUCCCUCUUCUCCAACAUCGAGCACUACACGGGCAGCUGCUACCAGUCGCCGGCCUUGGAGGGCAUCAGGAGGGAGCACCAGAGCAAGCAGCAGUGCCACAGGGAAGGAGGCUUUUGGCAUGGCUUUGACAUCUCCGGCCACUCCUUCCUGCUGACCUUCUGUGCCCUCAUGAUCGUGGAGGAGAUGGCCGUGCUGCAGGAGGUGAAGACGGAUCGAAGCCACUGCCUCCACACCACCAUCACCAGCCUGGCCGUCGCCCUGGGCUUCCUGACCCUCAUCUGGGUGUGGAUGUUUCUGUGCACUGCUGUCUACUUCCACGACUUGUACCAGAAAGUCUUUGGCACCUUCUUCGGUUUGCUGGGCUGGUACGGGACAUAUGGGUGUUGGUACCUGAAAUCGUUUUCCCCAGGACUUCCUCCCCAGAGCUCUAGUUGGAGUCUAAAGCAAGACAGUUACAAGAAAUAAGUGAGCAGCAACACAGGGAGGACAGUGGGACAAUGGCUAAUAUAUUUUUCAUUUGUUUCACUUUGUUAUUUGGCUAAAUUAUCCAUCUGGCCUCAGAGGGGAAGUCUGCCAGGCAGUCCGGGUGGGCAGCGGUGGAGUCUGGGGAACAAGUUUGAUCUUCAGACUAUUCUUGGCGAUGUCAGCUGUGUCACAAACUCCUCCGAUCCCAGUCAGGCACUUUUAUCCCUGGCAAGACUUGACCUCCAUCUGGAACACCCCCUUUUGUCGCCAGAGGGGAGAGCCAAGGCUCAGCAGGGCAGAAUCAGGAAAGCCUUUGUCGUGUGGCUGUGGGGAGCCAGCACCUCUGGGCUCCUGCUGCCAUCUCCCUGAGCCGAGUCGUCCGAUUUUAGUGGUGGUUCAUGCUGCUAUGUAACAGGGUGUCCCUCUGGUCAUUUUUGCACAAGCAUUUAUUUCUGGCAGGGUUCUUUAUAAAACACCCCAGUGCCUAGAAGGCACUCUCUGGGUGCAGUAUUUGUUACAUCAAGAGAAUGUUAAAUAUUGCAACUGGCUUGUGAUCAGUUUCCAAAACGGGCCUGUUAAGCUGCAGUGCCUCUGCAACUGAGUAUUGGAUCAUUUUUACACAAUGAACAAUGAUCUUUUUUUUUUUGUCUGUGUUGUGUAUUAUUAUAUGUUAGAUGUUUAGA